CGUCCUAGAGGAAGCGCCGCGGGGGCGGGGCGUCCACGGGCUGGGGGCGGGGCUGGAGAACGGGGGACACUUCCUGUCCGGGGCCGCGGCUCAGAGUCCGGCAGGUGAGCGGCGGAGUCCCGGACGAGGGGACGGGGUCUCAGUUGUGCUACAUCUUCAAGAAAGCUUCUUUAAGAAGAUGGCAGACCUGGGGGGAGAACAGGAAUCACCUCCUGUUCCAUCCCCCAUCAGUUUUUCAUCACCUGGGAUAACUCCUGGAUCUCAUCGCCACAAGGCACAGCUCCACCUCCAUGAUCAUCAACAUGGAUUUACAGUUUCCAAACCUGAUGUAAUUUCCUUGCUGCAGGAAGAGGAAGAACUAUCUGGCUCUGAUUUUCAAGGAAUUCAAGAAACAGAGAUCUCAAGAGAUAACUACACAGAUUCUGAGUCUGAGAUUGAAUUGUUAACACCAAAGCAAGAAGUAUCUGAAGAAGCAGAAGAACAUGGAGGGAUGUUGAAAAGUCUCCUCAGGAAUGUUCCUCGAGGACCCAAAUUCGCAGAACCCUGUGAACGAGAGGACAGUUUAGAAAGGCAAAUGGGAAACUCUGCUGGGGGCAGAGAGAGGAUAUCCCUCUCCCAGAAGCGAGGUUCCUGGCAUAUGACAGUCCUUCACCAGGAGGCUCCCCCAGUAGAAGGGAGCCCAGGAUGUAAUGAAUUUGGGGGAAGCUUUAGUCUAAGCUCAAGCUUUAUGACACGUCAGGGAGGCUCCCUAGGAGGGAAACCCCAUAAAUGUGACACCUGUGGUAAAUGCUUCAAAUAUAAUUCAUUACUUAUUAAACACCAGAGAAUUCACACUGGAGAGAAACCCUAUGAAUGCAGUGAUUGUGGGAAAUGUUUCAGAGGGUGGUCAGGCUUUAUUCAACAUCACAGAAUUCACACUGGAGAGAAGCCUUAUGAAUGUAAUGAAUGUGGGAAAGCCUUCAGUCACAGUUCACAUUUUACUCAACACCUGAGAAUUCAUAAUGGAGAGAAGCCCUAUAAAUGUAAUGAAUGUGGGCAAGCUUUCAGCCAGAGCUCAAAUCUCAUUCGACACCAGAGACUUCACACUGGAGAGAAACCCUAUGAGUGUAGUGAAUGUGGGAAAGCUUUCAUUUGGAGCUCAGUGCUCAUUGAGCACCAGAGAAUUCACACUGGGGAGAAACCCUAUGAAUGCAAUGAGUGUGGGAAAGCCUUCAGAGGGAGGUCACACUUUUUUCGACACCUGAGAACUCACACUGGAGAAAAGCCUUUUGAAUGCAAUGAAUGCGGGAAAGCCUUCGGUCAGAGCUCACAACUUAUACAGCAUCAGAGAAUCCACUACAGAGAAUAACCCCAGGAAUAUAAUGUGUAAUGAAUGUGGGGAACGGAUACCUUGAUAGAGCAGAAAAUCUACUUUGGGGCAUGAGCCCAUUAAAAAAAAAAUUAAGAUCCUAAUGGAAAGAGUUCUUGUCUAAUUCUCUUUGUGCAGCAACCUAGCCCAGCAUCGCAUGCAGUGAGGUAACUAAUAAAUACUUGGUGAUUGGUGAUAAUAAAUUUUUGUUCAUAACUGUGUAAACUACUUCAGUGAGUGCUCCCCAACCUGUUUACUGAAGGGUCACAAGAAGAGGAAAAAAAUAGGGGAGCAUAUUGUUAAGGUGAAAAAUCAAAAUUUGGGAAAUAGGUGAGUGGCAGCCAAUUCUGUGAAGAUCUCAAAGAUUAGAGAGCAUUAGAUGGAGAUCACUGGAUUUGGCUGAGAAGAGAAAUAAGGAACAAGUAAUUCAAUUACUACCAGCAUUUCUGAGCUCCCCCUUUGGGGGGAUAUUCAGAAGACAGGCUAUGAUAUUUAUGUCCUUGAGAUUAUCAGGGUGGAAGAGAAUGAAAAUCUUAGCGUCCUUGCCUCCCCUGCAGAUAAAAGGGACCUUGAAGAGUGGAAAGAGCAGUUGUCUUCACUUCUCCUAAGUUCAUAAAGCCCCUUGUAUCCAUUUCCUCCCUAUCAUUUCUUGCCCUUCCCUUUUUUACCCUUCCCAUGUUUAUUCCCUCAUUGUCUUUCUACUUGCUGUGAGGGGCAGGGUUUGGUAGAACAAGAUUCAAAAUAGGGGGCCUAACUUAUCUUUGUGUGGAACUCUGGUGGCCAAAGCAAAAUCACUCCCUGCCUCUUAAAAGUACAAGUAAGGAACUAGGUUAUAAAGUAUCUUGAUAGAGAACACAUUGUAAGGGACACCACGGUAUAAAUAAUAAAUUAUUUUUAAAGUUCAUUCAAGGUAGGAUUCCACUUAUAGCUUUAAUGAAGUAACUUGAUAGUGCAAAAGACCUAUUGAACGAUAAAAGAGAAUGGGAAUUCUAGUAGUUACCUGGUUCAACCUUAUAGCUUUCCUGAUAAAUGGUUAUCUUCUUGUUGCUUGAAUACUUCUGAUGAUAGGGUACUCACUAACUACAUGGAGAGAAGUUUGGAUCUGAUUUUUAGGAGUCCAAUUCUUAAAAUGAGCUAGAAUUUGUUUUUCUAUAACACCUAUUCAGUACAUACACUGAAGUAAUGUGAAGACAUACUAUGUUCUUCCUCAGUCUUCUCUAGUUCCUUCAACUAAUGCUCAUGAGCUAAUCACUUUCAUCCUGAUUGUCUUGUAAAUGUGGUCCAGUUAACCAUGACAUAAAAAGAAAUCCUCAUUUUAAAAUUUCCUUCCCGAGAAAGGUGUUAAGAGAAUUUAUCUGAUACUGUCUUUUGAAGCGAACACAUUAGAUCAGAGAAUUCCCACACUGGAUUAUCCUCACAAUAGCCAUCUGAUCCUGUGCCAUAUCUAAUAGAACCUCCAAGGGAUAUGUGGUGGUAAGUCAGGGUUGUCCCUGAUAGGGUUCUUAGAAGUUAAUUCAGAGAACUCCAAAACAUCUUGGCUCAUCUUAGUUAUCUGUUAAAUGUGUCACCAAAGAGAUCACACAAUACUAUUUUGAAACAGUUCUUAGGUUCAGCCUUACAUCCCCUAUCAGGAAAUACCCAGCUACCAUAGAUUGUAUGGCAAAACACUAUUGGCUUACCUCUUAAAUUUUAAGGGUUGUUUCUUUGUUUAAUCUAGCAUUAAUGAAUAUAGCCCUCUUCACUCCACACCUACCAUUCAUUAUUAUAAGUUCUUAGAAUAUAAAGUGACCUCCUUCAUUUCUCUAGAAUUCCUUAGGAUUUAGAAACCUUAGAGAUGGGGAAGUCCAAGUAAAUUUUACAAAUAAAGAAACUGGGCAUGGAGAGAAGGGACCAGUAAAUCACACUGGGAGGAAAUAUCAGAGCCUAUGUCAUUUAAAUAGGUUUUUUUAUUCCUGAGAUCUUGUGUCCAGAAAUUUAUUUAUUUGGUACCCUAUGGUUUUAUACAUGCUUCUUAGGUUAAUAUCUGUUGCUUUGCAUAUCAUAUUCUUGAUAGCACAUUUAGCCCACCAACACCCCCAUCUCAUUUUUACUUAUUCUUGAUUCAACAACUAGUUCAUCUGAUAAAUUAUAUCUCAUCAGUGAGAAAAGAGUAUAAGGAAUAGGAGCCCUUACCACUGCUACCACCACUACUCUUCCCCCCAGUUCUCCCUCUCAAAGUAAUGUGCUUAUUUUUAACAACUUUCUAAAGUUCAGGCUUUACCUACCUGAUCCAAUAUUUGGGGCCAGAGGUGUGGGGCAAGAGAAAGGCACACAAGUGUGCAUGUGCUCAGGAAAAAUGGAAUACUAGAGCUAGAAGAGAUCUUAUAGGGCACAUAGUUCAAACCUUGGAGCAUAGAUUCUCUUAACAAUAGUCCCAGCAGCUUUUAGACUAUGUUUAAAAUCCUCCAGUGAUGGGUAACAUAAUAAAGUACAAAGGCAGCAAAUUCCAUUUUUAAACAAUUCUAAUUCCUUUCUGAAUGUGACAAGAUCACUGUAUUUAAUGUCCAGCAAACCGACUCAGUUGUGAUCUCACCUCUUCAAUUAUUGAGAACUAGUAUUAGCCUCCUCUCCACUCCCCCCCCACCAAAAAAAAAAAUAAUACUUCAUCUUUGUUGCUUGGUCCCUCUGCCCCCAGGUAUCAUUCUAGGCCAUAAGCUUUCCAAGGCAUGAGUUAAAAUAUAAAUUAUAAGGCCCACUUUAAGCAUUUACUAUAUGAAAUGCCUUAAGUUCCCAAAUUCUUCAGUAGAUUAGUCAUCCAAUUCUAAAGAUGAAAAAUUUGCAGAUGAGAAAACAGCUCAGAAAAGUUAAGUGACUUGACUAAAGUCAUAUAGGUAGUAUCGACUAUAGUCUAUUAUUAAGGCAAUGCACUAUGCUACCUCUAUUUGUUAGGAAGUUCUUAUAUUGAAUGAAAAUCUGAUGUCCUAUGACUUCCUGCCUUUAAUCCUAUUCCUUCUUGGGUCAAGAGGAGCAAGUCUUACUUAUCUCCCAUGUAGACUCAUAGACUCAUUAUAGGGAGAUAUCUCAGAAAUCACCUUAGCCAAACCAUACCCAAGCAUAAAUCCAUUUAACAGGAUGAUCAUUUAGUUGAAAUAUUUUCAUUGAAUCUCCCUUUAAGUCCUCUCUUGUUUGAGUUUAACAUUACCAUUUCUGUCACACUUCCUAUUUAAAUCUAUACUGAAUGCCCUUCUCCAGGUAGCAAUAUCCAUUGGCAGGCUAUAAACCACACAAUAGAAAGGUCUAUACCAAUGUGGCUUCAGAGUAACAGUGGGAUUAUGGGUCAUGUAUUUAGAGCUAGAAGGGAAUUAGAGAUUAUCUACUCUUUCAAUAAUAGAUUUAGAGCUGGAAGGAAGAGGAUAUAAAGUCAACUCCUUCAUUUUUCAGAUAAUGAAAUUGAAGCCCUUGAAAGUCCAGUUAGCCAGUCUCCUCCAAUCUCUGCCCCAUGUUACAGGUGCCUAAAGUUGCAUAACUAACGAGUAGCAAAAAUGGGAUUUGAAUGAAAAUCCUUUUUCUCCAAAUUGGUCUUGGAGCAGCAACAUGGUGCAGUGGAUAGAGCACCAGCCCUAAAAUCAAGAGGACCCAAAUUCAAAUUCAGCUUCAGUGACUUGACACUAACUGUGACCCUGGGCAAGUCACUUAAUCCCAAUUGCCUCAAAAAGAAAAAAACACCACAAAAUGAAUGGUCUUUCCACAAUACCAUGAUAUCUCUUGGGGGACAAUUUAACAGGAGGGGUUUUGACAAUGCCAGAAAGUUGGCAGUUCUUAAACUCUGCAAGGAAACCUUGUAUAUACAAUCUUCUGGAGUCCCAGAAUCACUUGAUGCUGCACCUGAAAAGGCAGAAUAACAAAAGCUCCCGUUUCCAUGGUGUUUUACGGUUUACAGAACAUGUUCUUCAAAAUAGUUCUAUAAAGUAGGCAAUGUUGUCCAUCCUCAUUUUACAAUUAAUAGAGGUUAACUAAGUCCAAGUACUUUGGAAGUUGUAAGAGAUGAGUAUCUCAAAUCAGUCUCAUUGUUUCCAAAGACUAUUAGAAUUUUGUCACUGCAUGAUAAUAGUCACAGAGGAUAAUCUCAUACUGUGAGAGGGAGUUUCAGACUCCCUUGCCCCCUUCCCAUUUUGAUCUUUCAACUGACUUUUAGAAUUUCCCUUCCAUUGCUUCCUUCUUUCUUUUCUCUCUUAUCCCUAUGUUUAUUUAUGUUCAUUCGUGUGUGCCUUUUACAAAUUUUUAUUAGACACUUGCUGCCAGGCUCUGAUGUGGACACCAUGGUUGCUAAUGGGAGUAGGAAAAAAAAAAAAAAAAAAGAACAUUUGUUUAAGAAAAACUGAUAAAAAUUAACUUGAAAAGAAACACAGUUUCUCAGAUAAAAUGUUGAGGAGAAACACAGACUAUUCUGAAGAUCUCUUCAUUUCCCACCUGGCUGCAUUCCUUUGGACUUCAUCAUUCUGUAGGAACCUCUUUAUCCUGCCAGACCACAUAAGUCCUGAUAUUCACAAUUAUCAGUAUUCUUUUCGACUCAGAUCCCUGAAAUCAGAAGGCUGAGCAAAAGGCUCUUUCCAGUAUAUCUGUUUAAGGACAGUGCCCCAUUCCUUCAUUUCCUGGAUGCUCUCUUUUGGACUUCAUCCAUGUUCCUGUAUCAGGUAUCUUUCUUCUACACCCCACCUCACUCUUUUCAGCUUCCUUUACUGUGUUGUCUUGCCCUAUUAGUAUGCAGCUCCUUGAAAACAGGGAUUUUUCUUUUUCAUAUUUGUAUCCCCAGCACUUUUAGUACUGUGACUGACCCAUAGAAAGUGUUUAAUAUAUGUGUAUUGACCAAACAGAGAAUUGCCCUUCAGAAGAAUGUGCUGAAAGAGCCUAUUUAAAGGGAGCACAAUGAUUAAGAUGAUGAUAGCUGUAGACCAUUGUGAUCCAUCAAUUCAAUUGCAUGUGACUGUUUUAAAAGUCACAACUGAGAAAUAGCCAAUCAAUAACUGUUUGGGGACUGACUAUAAGAAAAUUAUGUAAGGAUUAUUGGGAUAAACUUGACAGAAAGGUGAAUCUUUUGAAUUUUGCAAUAUAAAUUAGAAAGAGUCCACGGGGUAUGAGAAGAUACUGAUGUGACUCUUGGAAUGUAUAUGGGAACAGGAGAAAAAGCUAUAGACAAAAAGAGGUGGCCAACUGAGAGAAUAGAAAAAGCUGAGCACAAGAGGAAUUGAAGAUAGACACAAAAAGUGAGAAGAGGAGCUAUUUACAGAAGGCAGAAGAAUAUAGCAGACAAACAGGUGCUCAGCUGCCUGGUAGGCUCUGCAGCUGUUUCAAGUUCAGUAUGGAGACCUGUCUGAGUUUAUAUUGUCUAGUGUUAACUAUAAGGUUAAGUCUCUUAAUUCUGCGAGAAUAAUUCUCUUAAAUGAUUUUUUGUUGACUUUUUUUCUCUCUCUGGUUUAAGAAAAAGAAAUAGAAGAAGGGAGAGACAGGUUUUACAUCUGCUUUGCUGUGAGAAAAGACAUGGCUUUCCUGAGAGGUGAUUGUACAUAAUCUUCUAUUUUUUGGUGAAAAAAUGGCUGGGGAAAUAUUCUUGCCCUUAAUUGAUACAUACAGCUUGGUAAGGAGAAAAUUAUCAGAGCCCCAGAGCAAAUAUGAGAAGAGUUUUUAGUCACUGAGCAUAUUUUCUCAGCAUCUUCCCAAGAAUGGAUGUGUGCUGAGUUUGUCACUAUUUCAGUAGCCCAAGAUUAAUAGCCGAGAAGCAGUUUUGCCUAGCAGGUGGCUCAUUAUGCCAGUCAUCUAGCCUUGUAAGGUGGCUCUGGCACAUAUUUCCCUACUCAUGUGCUCCCCUGCUAGGUUUCUGUAAAGGUCUCCACAUUAAUACUGUGGGUAUUGGUUAAAAAGUGUAGCCUUGGUUUAUGGUUAAAUUUAUAUUUUGAUUAUUCUUGCUCUCACUUUCUAUUAAGUAAAUAUUAUAAUUAUCUUGUCUUUUGUUGAGAAAAGAUUAUUAUUCCUGUUUUUACCUUCUAAUGAGUAAAUGUUACACUUAUUCUUGCUUUUGCUUUAUUAAGUAAAUGUUUCAUGUUUAAGAGUU